AAAUAUCCAAAUGCAAAAAUUACUGCUUUAUCAAAUUCUAGUACUCAGCGUGAAUAUAUUAAUAGUAUUGCUCAACAAAAAGGCUUUAAAAACUUAAAUGUCAUUACUGCGGAUAUAAAAGAAUUCGAUUUUGAAGAUGAAUCAAAAUUUGAUCGUAUAUUAUCCAUUGAAAUGUUUGAACACAUGAAAAAUUACGAAUUUUUAUUCUCAAAAAUUUCAAAAUGGUUAAAACCUCAAGGGUUAUUAUUUAUUCAUAUUUUUUGCCAUUACGAGCAACCUUACGAUUUUGUUAUUGACGAUGGUUGGAUGGCAAAAUAUUUCUUUACUG